AAACGACACCUAAAUUCUUCCCCAUCACAAAUCCUUCAUUGGGAGAAGGAAAUCCAGCUGUGGAUAACUGGAUAUUUUAGUCUUACAAACAUUUCUAUCUUCCUGUGAUUUCUGUAAACGAGUUCACUUGGCUUCCCACCAACGAAAACCCUGCACCUUCAGAACUUAACCCUACAGGAGGCCACAUAAAACCAGGCCUUUCCAGUGGAAGCUCAGGUGCUGCAACUUCCCUUCCCAGAACUUGAAUAACAUUCUUCAUAGUUGGCCUCUUAAACGGAUCAGGAUGGCAACAAGCAAGACCCAAAAUAAGAACACAACCCAUUUCUUCCUCCACAAAAUCCCCCUUCAGCCUGCAAUCAGCCGCAUCAAUCAGCCUCCCAAUCCCACGAAGCUCCCAAACCCAGUUCAAGAUGCUGCUAGCAUAACCACCAUCUUGGUCCAAUUGGCCUCCUGGUCUCCUCCCACAACAAACUUCCAGCACCAAAAUCCCAAAUGCAUAGACAUCACUCUCCAAAGUUGCUCUCCCAGUUAGAAAAAUCUCUGGAGCCAUGUACCCUAGUGUCCCCGCCAAGUUCUUGGUGGAAUGGUGGGUUUGAUCCGCCUGUUUGAUGGUUCGAGCCAGGCCGAAAUCGCCCAGCUUGGCGUUGAACUCGGAAUCCAACAUUAUGUUGCUCGCUUUAAUGUCUCUGUGGAGAACCCUCUUCUCGCAGCCGGUGUGUAGAUACUCCAAUGCCCGUGCCACUCCUGAUACUAUGUUCAACCUCGUUUCCCAUCUGAUGGACGACGACGACGAUUCGUCGUCGUCGAAGAUGAGUUUGUCGAGGCUUCCGUUGGGCAUGUACUCGUAGACGAGGAGGAUCCCUUUGUAGACAGUUCCAAAGCCACCUUUGCCAAGCUUGUUCUCGUGAUUGAAAUUCUUGGUCGCGUCGAUGAGCUCCUUCACUUUGAACUUCAGGGGAGCCAUGGAAGAUCCUUGAAUUGCCUCUUCAAUACUUGGGUGACCUUCAUUCUCUGUUUUCUCUCUGCCCAAUUUCCUUCUCUUCUGAUAGUAGAUGAACCCAACAAUCCCGAAAAUCAAACCCAAGAUUCCAAUCGAAAGAAGAACCCAAACCCAAAUUGACCGAAAUCGUCCAUCCCCAAUAUCUAAACCAGCAAAAUCCCACGACAGAAUACAAUUCUGUUGAGCAUUCAGCCGGCCUGUCGAACCUGAGAAUCCCACAUGAACAACUUCAGGAAGAUGAACAGAGAGAUCAAUCGACUCCCAAAUCACAACUCUUCCCGAGACUAACACCGUCAAGUUACUGCCGUCGUAGUGAACACGAGCCGUGACGAUAUCGGAAGCGGACAAAUUGACGCCGAAUUCGGACAAGGGUUCCUGACGAACAGAGUAAACACUGUUAAUGUCCAGCCCAACAUGGUUAUCAUCCAAAUCUUCAGGGUAACUCUUCCUAGAGUCGAAUUCGACCGCCACGACGCCGCGAGACGACGACCCGUUGGUGAUCGAGUUGACGACCCCGAGCCACUGCCCGGAGCUGUUUCCGGGCAGGACCGGGGAUUCUGUGAGGAUGAAGGCCAUGCCUUCCCCUGGAGGUUGAGUCUUGGGGUUGAUUUGGAGGACGAAGGUGGUGGUGAAAGUUGCCUUGACGUGGCCGCGGUUUCUGUGAAGCCGAAAGGGUUUGCUGUAGCAGAUUCUGCCCGACAUGUUGGGGAUGAAAUCGGGAGUGAUCUGAAUUGUGCCGGCGGUUAUGUAAGCGUUGGCGCGAGUGAAGUCGCUGGUGGAGUUGUCGGGAAAGGAGGUGUAGUUGAAAUGAAGGGGAGUAGAUGGGGAAAUGGGUAUGGUGAGGAGAAGGAUGAAGGCAGUCGCUGCGAGCGUUAAUGGGGACUUGGUUUCUAGCAUCAUUUGAUUGAGUAAAUAAGUAUGGUAUAUGCGGGGAGACGCUCUCCAUUGAAGCUCUGUUUAUAGAGGGUUUCACUCUCUGUUCUGUUCUUGAUGGUGUAAAUGGUCAACUGUUCAAAGGUUAAUCUACCACAACACGUUUUGAUCUUUGAUUAGAAGUAUAAUGAUAUCUUCUUAGUUACAAGUUGACAAGCAAUCUCAAGUGACGUUUGUGAAUUGUUGUAUAUGUAAGCUGGUAAGUGGUCAAUUAUGUAAUGGAGUCUGUAACUGUAACCAAUUAUGGAUUGACUUUUUUCCAUUUCCCCAACUCAUACAUUUUAGUGACUCCUUUUGGAGGAGAACAGAGGCUCCCACUUAGCUUCACCAGAUUCUUGUGGUGAAGAUUCCCAAUUGUGGUGACUCUGUCGCAAAUUCGUGCUUCCCCUGCUUACUUUGUUUGCCCGGCGAUGUUGAUGAUGAAUGUGGAGUUAAAGCUUGCUCUGAUGCGACCCCAGCGCCCGAAUCUCUUCCCCCACAGCUUGAGAGGGUGUUCGUACACAGCUCUCCAGUCAGGUAGUUCAAGCCUUCAAGGAAGAUCCGCUCAGAGCUGGCGUGACUUGGAGAGUCUCCAGGAAUAUGGAGGACUAGAUUGCCGCCUUGUCCGCUGGAUUUGAAAGUCGAGAAGCUGAGUUGAAGAGGUUCUGCUGCUGUGAUGAAAAGGGUUGCUAGCAGGAUGAAUUUGAUGAAACUCCCAACUCUGUUACACAUUCCUGUAGCAGGCCUCGAGCCUAGCCAAAGCCAAGCUGGGAAAGAUUGAAUAAUAUGCCAGGAACUCCAACUCUGUUACACAUCAUUACUGUAACAGACUGGAUUGAAGAAACCCGCGUCCUGCGUAAAAUGAAAGGCAUCAAUGCAUGCUUCCUACCUACACCCACUUUCAACUAUGGUUAGCUGAAUUGCUCUGAACCAGCCAGGACUCAGGAGUUCUUAAUAAGGAAUUGCAGAAAGAAGAAAGGACAAGUAACUGUACACACAAUUGCAGUACGAAAUGAUACUGGUAAUACAUAUUCUUGCCUAAACCCUUGAUUCUGGUUUCCAGAAGACGUAAUAUUCUGCCGAUGAAGUACUUAUGUCAUGCACGGAGCAUCUAAUUCCAUAACUGGCGGGAAUCAACGAGCUUUAGUUCCUGCUGGGAGCAUUACUUCCCACGAAAUGAAAUAGUGAACAAACAGACAGUUGGAAGAUUGAAGCCCAUUUUGGCUUCAGACAAGAAACCAAAAUAAGGUGAGGAAUGUGUUAAUAAGUGAUGGGCAGAGACAAAAACAGGCAUUUUCGACAUCAAAGAGAAAACACUGAAUUUCUACAGGCAUCAAUUCAAAACAGUCCUUGGGUCAAAACAGCUAUCUGGGUUACAGAACGACACUCUCCACAGUCUCUUACUAGUCACUAGCAUCCAUGGCAGAAAGGCUUUUGUCAAGCAAUGGAACGACGGCAUGAUCGUGGAUUUCAAUCCCUCAAAGACACCAUUUUUUGGCCUUAUUCUAGUUGGAUUUUCACUCCCCACAGACUUACUGUUCAACGGAGAUCCCAAGACGGCCCAUUUUAUAAUCGCCUCAAAAUUUCCUCCAUUUGUCACCCUCCAAAAGACCUGCAAUCUCAAGGUAAAACCCAACAGGGAAGCUGCAUCAGCAACAAAAACCACCACCUGGAUUGUAGUGUGGAGCAACAAAAAAAAAAAAAAAUGGAUGCCAAAGAAGAGCCCAAGCUCCAACAUUUCAGCCACCAACAUCCUUUCACCCGAUCCGUCUCGCCGGGGAACAUCGCCUGCAAUGGCUGCAACUUGGGGAUUGCAUCAGGGAAAGACUACUACGCCUGCAGAACCUGCAAUUCAUUCUCCCUCCACAAAGUAUGCUUCCACUUGCCCAGAACCACCACCCACCCUGCUCAUCCCGACUCCAAAUUGACCCUCGCCGUGUCUCCGCCGGAGUCCUCGGCCGCCGCCCAAGUGAGAUGCAAGGCCUGCACGAAGAGCAUCAGUGGGUUUUACUACAGCUGCGGCGGGACGUUCUACCACAACCUCUGCCUAGCUCUGCCGCUCUCCGUCAUGAUCUCCGGCCAUCCCCACCCGCUCAAGAUCCACUUCUGCCCGCCGUACGAUUUCAGCUGCGAUCUCUGCCUCAAGCCCAGCUACAAAGGAUGGCUCUACCGCUGCCGAUUCUGCGAGUUCGACGCCCACAUCGCCUGCGCGAUUUCGCACAAGAACUCCGAGCCGGCCACUUUGCCGGAGAGUCUUGUUCGCCAGAUAUCGAAUUGCUCGCAGAGCGGUCAAGAGAUUAUGCAGCUGCUCCCGUUGAGGCUAGGGAUUCGCACCGCUGCCGCCGCCGCCGCCGGGGAUGAGAAAUCGGGGGAGAAGAACAGCCCCAGGCGGCGGACGUCGGCCGAUCAGGAGGAGAAGGUGUCGGCGCAAACAGAGCCCUUGAUGAAUUCCACGACGCAGCAGCAGCAGCAGCAGGGGAAUCCCGCCACUCCGCCGGGGAAAUCGCCGGUGUCUGGAUCUAGGGUUUCGUCCGUGUCGGAGGUUCCUAGCUACCAAUUCAGCGACAUGUGCUUCUCGAUCGACCUUCACAAGUCUUACUCCGACGGCAGCCAUCUGGGGAGCAAUAACGGCAGGGAGAGGAAAGUGAUUCCCGAGGCGCCGGCUCCACCGGCCUUCGCCGGCGGGGGCCGCGGCGAAGCGGGGAGUAAGAAUUGGGGCGAUUCGUAUAAGCUCCUCCACAACAACGCAAAUGGGAAGCCGGCGAGGAAGGAUGAGAAGAAGAUAGCGAAUGCUUAUGGGAUCCACGGCAGCGGAAAGAAACCGAGCUGCAUCAGCGAGUCCGACGAGGACACGGGAUGCUCGUGUUGGAGGCGGCUGAUAAUGUUUUGUUGUUCGUGAAAAGGAGCAUAUGGAAUCACCGAUUUUUAUGAAACUGCAUAAUAUUGAUGGAUUAUGUUGAUUGAAUUAAAUAUAAGAACUUAAAGUUGAUACAAUUAUAAUAGAGUUUCAUGACGAUUGUAUCACCAUUAUCGUUUAUUGAUCUCGGUACGGUUUCAUGAUCGCUGAAAGUGCUUGAUGGAUGGUCGCAACAGUCAUCAUGAUUCUCUGGUUCGCAAAAUUGUUCAAGACUCUUGCAUGCAAAUCCUCUAUCUUUGUAUACAUUUGGGCUUAUACUUGUGAACAUAAGUAUACUGAUGCAAAACUUGUAAUCUUUUUU